CUCUUAUCGCAACAUCCUAUCCAAACAAUGGCAGAAGAGAACCUCGCAACCUCCUCUCCCAACCUCCGCGCAGCCCUCUCUUUCCUCUCUAUAGCCGACACCCUUGACCCCGCCCCACUCGAAACACUCCUCUCGCCCUCCUAUACCCACACCCUAGCGCCGUCAUCCCUAACCGGCUUCGGCCCUUGGGAUAAAGCCGGCUUUAUGGCACACAUCUCGUUCAUGGGUAGCGUGCUCGAAGGUUUUCCUGUCAAGGUGGUUGAAGCGGUCGAGUCCGAGAGGAGUGUGUGGGCGUGGACGCGCAGCCAGGCGCGAUGGCACGCCGCAGCCAUGGAUAAAGACGGUGAAGAUACGGGAAAGGAAUGGGACUUCAAAGGGGAAAACUUGUUUAUGUUGUGGUUCGAUGCCCAGGGCAAGAUCGAGCGGUGUGUGGAGAUGAUGGACAGUUUGCGGUCGGUGAAUGUGUUUAUACCUUUGUUGGAGAGGGCUACAGCAAAUGUGAGUAAUGCGAGUUGA